UUUAAACAUAAAGCUCUCCAUUCCUGUGUUUUUUCCUGUGUAUCUUUGGGAACGCCGGAAAUUGCUGCAAGUUUUUGCACCUUGAACCUGCGCUGUCGCCCGAAGUGCCACUCCAGACUGAGGCCGCCUCAUUCAUUAUCUUACCGUGCACCCGCAGGACAGUACUAAGAACGUUUAUUCGUAAGGCAUGUCUUGGCCACCGAAGUGAAGACUUGUCGACCAAUCUGUUUCCGAUGUUUUGGUUUGCUGACGCGAUCAAUCCAGUGCUCGACAAGUUGAGAGAAUUGAAGACGAAAUACACUUCGAAAGAGCAGAGUCUGCAGACGGAGUACGAAGAGACAGAUCCUCACAGGAUCUUGAGUACCACCCGAGAAUGCGGCAUUUCCUUCGCCUCGGCCUUGAGAUCAGUCAUGGAGGGUAUUCCGAACCUCUCUACUGGGCGAAUGACCUUGGAAAAGGAGCUCAAGGAGUUCCACGAGUAUCACAAGAAGUUGGGCUCGGACCACUUCCAGAUGCUACCCUCAGAGGACUUCAUGGGGCUGGACGACUACAUUGAUUACCUGCAGAAUGACAUCCAGAUCGGCGCUUCUGAUGCCGAGGUCAAUGGUGGUGCUCAAUUCCGUCGAGUCAUGGCUGAGGUCGAGAUUUUCCUGCGAUUCUCCGAGAUCGCCGUAGAGACCAAGAAACGAGAUGUCAUUCAGGCCCUUACGAGUGGACAACAAUUGUCCCAUAGCAACACUUUGGGCCCUUGGGCGCUGAAUAUUUAUGAUACUUUGAGAGUGAAACCUUGGUCAGUACUGCUUUUGACCUUGGGCGAGAAUGCCCUGAUGGCCUCGUUCAUUCGAACAGCUUUGAGACUAGCUUGCUCCAACUGUUGGCUUGCUGCAUUUUGGGGAAGUGUCAACCUCACAAUUGCCCAUGGUUUGGCAGCAGGUGGUGAAGCCUGGCCCUUAACCACCGUCCGGGACCCCACGCAGUUCCUACCGCUUUUGGUGCGGAUCAGCACCUCCGAUAGCAGCGCCUACCAGUCGUUCUCGGAGAACAGCCUGCAGUUGGGCUCCCGUGACGUCAGCGUUCUGCGCUUCGAACCACAGCUCACUGAAUGCAAGGAUGUGGUGGCAGAAUUGCGCAAUCUACCUGCACCAUUAAGCUGUUCCACUUCCAGUGAUGGUGCUUUGCUGAGCCUCACCUUCUACGAGGACUACAAGUUGGCCUCCUCUACGACCUACUUGCUCGUGACGCGCUUGCAACUUCACGGCCCUGGCAGCGACCUGCAGCGGACACUGCUCGCACGGAUCGCUGGAAGCGAAGCACGGGUGAUUGACCAGUUCGGCAUCUUCAUUGAGGCCACAGUGCCGGAGAUGGCAGGACCACGCUUGGGAUACUUUGACAUCGUGGGUAUGCAGCUGGUUCCACUGCAGCAAUUCACGUUGGAGGUGGUUCUGGCUUCUGCUUCCGAUUCAUUUCCAAUCGAUCCUGGUGUUCAGGGGAGCGUCUUGAUCUGGGCGCAGCCUUUGCUUUCGUGGGAUUUCUCCGGACAGUGCAAUGUGGAUGUGAGCGGAGUCAGUGCCGGUGGCACCUGCAGCUUUGUACAUUUUCACACGGCUUCAAGCAUCCAGGCACUGGGCAUCGGCUUCAAUGCCAUCAGCCUCAGACCGACAGAGCAGAUUGGAUCUGCUGCGCUCACCUUUCGUUUCAGCUUGACGGCACCAAGUAGUGGUUCUCUUGGUUGGACCUGGUAUGCUCAAGCCCGGCAAGCUGAACAGCCACGACAAGCUGCCAUGGCAUCCAUGUCAAGCUUGACCAUUCAACCUUCUCCUGAAGCCUCUAUUUCACAGGUCAGUAACAUCGUGGCUGGCAGAGGCAGUACAGUUCUCGUGACGUUUCGAACUGGUGUCACUUUCUCCAAUGGUGGCAUCCGCUUGGAGCUUCCCAAUUACCAACUCCACAGCGUUUCAACGGAUGUCCUGACUUACGGGCGCUCCGCCCAGCCUGGUACCCUCUCGCUGGGGACCAACAGCUUGCGGAUCGCCGUGGUGAAUACGAUCCUAUGGAGCACCGUGACGUAUGCGGUGCUCCUACGGCUUCAGAAUCCCAGGACAGCAAGCCUCCCCAGCACCUGCGCCGAAGGCCUGUACUCCUUAGUCUCAGAUACUUCCUUACUGGCCAGCCUCUCUACCACCAGCUUCGAGACGUCUCCUCCACUGUCUUGGCUGCUCACCAUCGAAGCAGGGAGUCCAGUGGAAAUCACUGGAAGCAGUAGUAUUCAACCCGUUCAAGCAAUUUUUCCUUUGGAUGCACAGAUUUCUGCCUCCAAGUAUGCUGUCAGCGCUCAGAAUGCCUUGGAGAUAUUUUUCAAGCUAUCCAUGGGUGCACUUUCAAGUGAUGCGUCGGUCGCACUUUCUGCGCCCAAAGAGUUUCAAUUCCUUUGCAACUCUUUCGUUGGUCCCAUCACUCUGCAAAGUACUUUCCCUCCGCUGGACGCUUGCGCUUCCAGUGAUGGCUUCCUAUCUUUAUCAUUUUCUGCUGGCUCUUUCCUGGCCGCUGACUCUGUACUGUCUUUUGGCAUUGAUGUCCACAAUCCUGCCUUGGCCGGAGCUAUCAACAUCCAGUCAAGACGAGAACUGUUUCAACUUCAUUCUUUUGUUCCCGGAGAAAACCCCACCGUUUGGGCAUUGCAUCUCCAGACUCGCGGUGUCACCUGCCAAGCAGCAUACUUCGAAGAUGCCUGGUCUGUGUUUCAGCGCGAGAUGCAAGUGCAAUCGCUACACUUGAGCAGCUUUGUGCCUGGGAUGGAGGUUUUCAUGACCCUCCUCUUCAAGUUUCUGGGUCAGGUUCCAGGUGUUGGCAGUGAGCUCCAUUUUGGGAGCCCCACGGGCUUUGAGUUUUUGGCCAACUUCACCACCGAUUCGUCUGCUGUAGGAUCAGACGCAAGCCUGUCCAUCGGCACUCCUGUGGUUGGCAGCAACCUUAAUAGUCUCUCAGUGCCCCUGUUGGGGCCUGGCUUGGCGAAUGUGCUCUAUGGCUUUCGGGGAAAGAUCCGGACUCCUACACUCUCCCCAGACAUUGCAUCCUCGCCAUCCUCCAACCGCUGGAGCGCCUGGGUCAUCGCACCCACCGGCGGACUCGCCGGACGCCUGGAAGCUGGAAGCCUCCUGGGGCCCGAGCUGCAGGUGCUGCGCAGCUGUGAAGUCGCGCCGGCCACACCGGUCUACGCAUGGGACAAUCAGAUCUCAGUGUCCUUCAUGGUCUCACGCAGCAUUUUCUCCAGUGAAACAUCGACAGGGACUGUCAAGAUUCUGGCACCUGAGGGCUUCAGUUUCCCGAGCUCUUGCGUAUUUGAGGCCUCCAGUGCUGGGCUUGAAGCUGCUAGAUGUGAGGGCUCGGCCAACACAGCUUCCUUGACAUUGGCGGUGGGGCGUGCUGUCGCGCGGGGCGAGGCGGUAGAGGUCUUUCUGGAGCUCACGAACCCCGAGGAAGAUCCGGCGGGAAGCCACUGGAACGUGCUGACCUAUCAGGGAGAGAGCAAAUUGGAGGAGUGCGAAGAGAAGGUCCCAAGCUUUUCCUUGGCCCGGCGCUUGGAUCAAGCCUUUAUCGCACGGGGCAGUUUGGGUCAAGACCUACGAGCAGGGCAGUUGAGUGUCUAUCAGUUGGUCUUCACUCACCCAGAGAGAACGGCCAAGGAGGUCACCGACAUCGCCGCGGGCUUUUUCCAGAGAAGCACCAUCAAGCUGACAUUACCAUCAGGAUACAAAGCGCUCCCCAAUUGCUUGAGUGUUGCGAGCGGGGUCGACAGAGCCUUCACAUCUUUGCCUGACAUGUUGAGUUGCAUUGCUUCAGGCCAGCAUGUGGAGAUCCUUCUGCAGGGCCUGGUCGAGCCAGGCAAAGCCUAUUCCUUGAGCAUCACUGUGGCAAAUCCAGGAUCCUUAAGUGAGAUGAGAAAUCAGUGGAAGUUGCAGGUGGAUGGUGCGGCAGUGGCCUUGGAAGGACCAGCCUUGAGAGAGCUCAAAGAUGUGCAAGUGAUGCCUGCAACCUCCCGGGAAAAAAGUUCUGGAUAUUGCAUGAUCUACUUUCGCACUGACGUGGAAGUCCCGGUGAACGGCCAAAUCGAUGUGAAUGUGCCUCCCCCAUUCACUCCUUCUUGCCCUGGAAGCUUGUACGAUGCCAGAGUCACUAUGCUUGGUGGAGAUGUUGUGGCAUCAGCGAGUCCUUGCACAGUGACGUCACCUACAGGAUCAGCCACAAACUUGCCACAUGUUCUAAGCUUCGGCCCAUUGACCAGCAGCCUGCAGAGCAACACCGCGUACUUGUUGACCUUCCGCGUAGCAAAUGGCAAUUUGCAGAUGCAGCAAAGCAACUCUGCCACAUGGUUGGUCUCGACGCUUUUCGCAGGAGAUGUUCUUGAUACUUCGAGGCCACUGCCGUCCUUCAGCAUCCGCCGUGACCUUGGCCACGUGGUCUUUACACCGCCAGAACUGACAUCACCCAGUGGGAGCUUCUAUCCAGUCGAUGUGAAUCUCACACUUUCAGCUACUGUGAAGUCGGGAACAGUGGUGUUCUAUCCGCCGCCCAUGCUCGCCGCGAACUGUCCCACACCUUUCCCGGGUGAAAGGGCAAUUCUUCCCGUCGGUGUCGCUUGCUCUUCAGAAGGGCUGCCGGGCGGUUGGAAAAGUUCGCGAUUGAUCUUAGCGAGCUUCGGAGCACCCUGGUCAGCGAGCCGACCCUACUUUGCUCAACUGCUAGUUCAAGAUGCAGGUUCAGAACUGCCAGAGUAUCGCCGAACCUGGAGUAUUGAAUUGAUUUCCAGCUCCACAGGCUCCACGCACGAGACCAACUCGCAGCUCUCAGGUUUCAUCAUCGCCUCGCGCGCGGUGGAGCAAUGGCCAUGGAGAGGAUGGUUGAGCGGACUUGUGAUUUUCUCGAAAGCUACACAAGGUGCGCGCAGCCAGGUGGAACUUCAAUUUACAACUGCAUCAGCUUUAAUCCUUGGCGAUGAAAUUUGGGUUCGAGCGCCUGCAACGAUAGUGCUGCAUCCAUUCUCCUGCUUUGCCAAUGAGGAAGACGAGGUGGCCGUGCCCAUCCCCUGCGAGGUUGCUGACGAAUGUGUCGGUUUUCCAUCUUGUCAUCGCAGUGGGAUGCGACUGGCAUUGAGCACACCCUUGGCAGCCGGCUCCAAGUUCCAGAUCUAUAUGGAUAUCACACCCCUGGUCGCAACCAACCCAGAGAGCUGGCUGGUCAGCACCUGGAGAAACCUCACUGAGCUGGAUGUGGCACCAGCCUUGGGCUUUGCUGUGUGGCACUGGAUGGAGAUCACAGUGUUCAAGGCUUUGGACCUACAACCAGAGGUGCUCACAACAGUAGAUUUGGAGUGGUGGAUGCUUUCACCUCUACCUGGACCUGGAGGAAGCAUUCAAAUCCAUUCUCCUGGAGACGGACUGGCCAUUUUUGACUUGUCAGUGGCUCUCGGGCGAUUUUCCUUUGGGAACUUGCCCUUUGAAGCUGGAGACCUUGAGAAGGUGGUAGCACAAGCUGCUUUGCUGGAGGUCUUUUUGUGUUGUGACCUGUUUGGAAGGACACCAUACCGCUUUCAAUUUGGAGUGCUGAAUCCCAGUGCUCAAAGCAUGCCUGCCCUUUCGAGUGACCUCGCCUGGAAGAUUUACACCAUGGCAGCUGGAUCACCGUGGCAUUUCGGUGAGGUUGAGGGCUACCGACUCUCUCGGCAGUUCGUCAGAUCCAGCAUUCUCUUGGAGGAUCAGCGACUAGUUGGUGGCGUUGGCGAUGGAUUGGAGGCACGCAAGGUCACCGUGAGCUUCUCUUUGCCCGGCAUUGCACUCCACCGAAGCUCCAUGUUUCGCAUCGUCGCCCCCAGUGGCUGGCAGUUCAUGGAUGAGUGCGAGCCCCAAUUUGGUCCCUUCACCACAGCCUCCAGCUGCACAGCCGAUCGAAAUGAGCUGAGCUUGUUGGUAGUUGGCAGCCUCAACCCUGGUAUUGAAGGGAAGUCCUUUAGCAUCGAAGCCGAGAUCAAACCUCCGGCGGGCACAACAGCCGCCAACGUGUGGUUCUUGAAGGCUUACGGCGCCUCAGGAACUCCCGAGACCCUGGUGGAUUCCAACCGCUACGAGGGAUUCGAGACCUUCGACUUGGAGCCCCGCGUGGCCUCGGAGGUGCUCGGUGACCGGCCUUCCGGAGGGAUUGUGGCACAGGUGACAUUGUCUCCAGAUGCACUUGACUCCAAAAGCGCACGCUGGCGGUUGCCCUCCUUCUACACAGCUGCAGUGCAACUCAUUCUGCCCUCUUUGCCCGCCCGUUUGCUAAACGCGACCCUGCUCAUCUCCAUCGAGUUCCGAUGGGCGCAGCUGCGAUGUUCAAAGCCGCCGCGACAAUUUGAUCCAGGCAGCCUUCCAGCAGGUGUCUUGUGCUAUGAUGAAACAUCGAGGGGAGGCAUUGGUCAGCUCGAAAGCAGGGAAGUACUUAUAGCUUUCGACAACAUCGUGCCUUUGAGAUCGGGUCUUUACGACUUUUCACUGGUUCUCCUCACCCAGUUGAGCUCGCGCAUUGGUGCACGCAGUGCACGUGCCUGGCCCAGAGAGACGGCCUGGUCCAUGAGUUUGGGCUCGGGAAACCUGGAGUUCAGGACCACUGUAGCUUCGGUCGAGGCCUUCGAGGGGCGAGCCUUGCCAUCCAAACUGCUGCGAGAUGUGGGGCUCGCGACCAGCAACACCAAGCGAAGUGAGGAGACGACCAUCGAGCUUUUGCUGUUUUUGGAUUCUGAUUUCGUCUUGCCUUUGUCCUUGGAAAUCGAACCACCUUUCGGCUUCCAACUGGACACCUCUCCGUCGCCGUUGCACCCGGCCUUGGCCGCACGGACGGGGGUGAACCCCUUCCGUUCCGGGCGCCCGGACGUGGCGACGAGAGAGCGAGUCCCAUGCUCGAUGGUGGUGGUUGCGGACACGCUGAAACCGCGGGUGUUUGAGUCCGACCGGGGCGGUGAUCGUGGAGACAUUUGCAGUGCUCAGCUGGCAGGAAAUAUGGGUUCAUCCAUUCUGGCAGUUUGUAUGGAGGAGAGAUACGUUUCAUUGCCAAGCUCCGAGAUGGAUUGCUAUGUCCUCCCCAGCAAAGCCAUCAUUGAGCUGGGCUUCGCCUCCACAGCUCCGACACCCUUGCCGGCGGGGCGCUACUACGUCUCUGUGCGAGGCUACAACCCACCGACGGCGCCUUCGAGCUUGGAGGAGGACUCCCCACGACAUUCCUGGAGGCUUACGAUCUCCAGUCAUGCUCCCAAUCAACUGGCAGGGCUCAAUUUCACUUUCGCACCCUUUGCCUAUGGAAGUGUACCCAAUUUCAUUCUGGAUGACACCUUGGCGGCCGAUACGAUUUGGAGGGGAGCAUCCUGGCCGAGCAAUGACCCGGAGACGCUGUCUGCUGUGCUCACCGACGACCUCUUGAGUCCCAGUCGGGCACGGGGUGUGAGCAUGAGCUCACUGACCUGGAGGGACGUGGUGGUGAAGCUCCUCAGCAACGAGGCUCAUCUCCCCUUGCAACGCCGCGUGCAGUACGUUGGUGAGAGGAUCAAGUGGUUCUUCCAAAUCCAGAAGGACUCAGUCAUUGACUUCAUGAGCAGCUUGGAGGGCAAUCCUUCUGAAAAGAUGUACUCCAGCUUGUUGCCCAAGAACGUAAAGCUCAUCAAGCAGAAUGAGAUGAUCAAGCAUUUGGUCUUCUCGACCUAUGAUCAGGCUUGCCAGCGACAGCUGAACCAGUUCAUCGAGCUCUUUGAUAACAUGCUCACGUCGACCUUCGCAAACCCCUGGGUCUUCCUCAAGGGUGCCACAUACACCGGCUACGAGGAUGGGGACACUGCUUUGCCAUCCUUGGAUGAUACCAAGGACAGGAUCCCCAAGGAGAUCCAGAGCCGAUCCAGCAUCGAGAGUAAGCUCUCGGAGUGGCUGCUGGGCAUUCCAACGGACUCACAUCAGAUCGAUGAAGCUGUGGACAAGGUGCAGAUGCUGGUCCUCAAGACUUACAGUUUCAUUCGCUCCCAGGUUUGCGACCAGGUGGAGCUUUUUGCUGAGUCCUUCUUCAAGCUCCCGAUGCUGCGUCGCCUCGAAGAGGACAUGAACAGGAUCGCUCUUUCGGAUGCUGACAAGGCCAAUUACAAGGCGCGUCGCGACCGACUGGAGGGCGAGGUGGUCAAGGUGAAAGAGAAUCUGAAGGAGGUGGCUGAAUGCACCGAGAGACUUCAGGCCUUCAAGCUCAAGUGCCAAGCACAACGUGCCCGCUGA